AUGUGUGGCGAACCCAUGCGCACGUGUGAGCGGCUCGCACUGCUGGUGGGUAUCGUCACCACCACCCUUCUUCUCCUCUCCACCCUAGGCUCCAUGGCGGCCGCUGGCCCUGUGACGACCAACCCGGUGCAGCCGCUGCUCGACAUUCCAUUCUUCGCCACCGGCACCGCCCUGAGUGGGGGCAGCAAGCUGUUCAUCUCCUCCGAUGCGACCUGCACAAAGAGCCUCACGACUACGUGCUCCGUGAAGAGCGAGGUAAGCGGCAGCAGCUUCGGCAAUGGCACCUGCAUCUUCACAGUGGGCAGUGCGGCGCUUGAAGUGAAGCUGACUUCCCCCCGGACCUCUGUGCCAGUGGCCUACUGGUGCGUCGGGAGCCCCGGCUCCGCAAAGGAGGUGGCCACGCUGCAGAUGCACAAGAUGGAGGUCACGCCCGAGUACGUCUUCAACAGCGAAGAAUCUGUGCUCACCUUUGGCAGCGCAGUGCCGGUGGGGACAACGGUGGGGUUUUACGCUGACGACCUCUGCAGGCUCUUAACUACGGGAGGCGGUCCCUUUAUGAUAGCCAAAGAGCGCACCGUGAAGUUGACGACGAAACUUUCCUCUUCUCCACUUUUUAUCUGCGCCUCUACCUUCACUGUGAACGGAUCCAGCACACGAGUCACCCUGGUCAAUACAGUGCUGCUGGCAAACCCCUACACGGUGAAUCCCGCCACGGGUGUGCGCCACCAAACCAUAGCCGUCUCGAGUUCAACGCAGCCCUAUGCGCAGUUCUACCUCUCCACCAGGGCACACUGCGCGGACCCCCGCCCAGUAUUCCAAAGCUCUAUUGCCGGCCAAAUGAUCAUGAAAGUCGACGUACCCCGUGGUGAGUACCUCUUCUGCGGCUCACGCGAUGUUUCGGAGAAUGGGGUGUAUAUCCCCGCCACCAAUACGUUUACCGUCUUGGAGUACGAUGUGGUGCCGCGCACGCUGUACAUCGGCAAGGUGACCGAUAUGUCCUUUGCCCUCGACGCUGUCCCGGUGCAGACUGCGCUCGAAGCAGUCCUCUCCACGUCCGAGGACUGCACUGCCGCCAGUAGCUGGCAGAACACGUGGGGUAACCCAAUGCAGUGGAGCGCGAAGCUGCUGGGUGUCCACUACGCCUGCGUGCGCAGAAAGGACAACACGGCCGCCGUCGGCUACGCGAGUGUCAUCAUCGCGACGGAUCCGCCCACCACCAUUUUUGCUCCCGCCACCCCGGUGCGCGGCGUGUCGCUGCGCGUCACACUCACGCACGUCAACGCGACUAAAGCCUUCUUUAUAGUCGGUCUGUUCGCCUCGCCGGACUGCAAAACGCUGCUCGUGAGGGGCACCGCCAGCCCGGCCACUAGCGCCAGCGCCAGUCUUGCCGUGCCGCUCACCGCCCCAGACAGCCUGCACUACUGCGUGUCGAACCCGCUGAACAGCGAUCCAGCCGUGCAAGAAGAAGUCGUGCGCUACCACAAGCUGGAGACACUUGCGCCACAACCGUUCGCCCUGCAGUACGCGCCGCUGCGCGUGGGCGCGCCGGCGACCAUCACGCUGGACAGCACGGUGCACCUCGCGAAGGGCACGACGGUGGCGCUGGUGCGCGCAGACGCCAGCAAACCGCCGUGCGAAGCCACCGACAUGCCGAUACUUGACGUCGCCGGCGCUGCUUUCGUGCUUGGCCCCAUCACGUUCCCCGAGGCCGGCACUUGGGACGUGUGCGUACGCGAGCCCGGCGCAGACUACCUCGCCGUGCAACGUGUGACUGUGUACGGCAAUGCGACCGUGACGCCGCGCGGCGUCGUCGCCGGCGUGGAAGGCGCCAUUGUCGUGCGCGGCCUCCCGCCAGGAGCCGCCGUGAUUGCCACCAGUGCCCCUCAGUGCGCCAGCGAUGCCAGUGUGCUGGGCAGAGCCACCACCAGCGCCGAGGGCGCCGCCACGCUCACGCUGAGGUGCGACAGCGUCGGCACCCUGCUGCUGUGCUGCGACUACCCCGGCACAGCGCUGCAGCCGGUGUUGCAGGCUGCAGGGAGCGUGCGCAGCGCCAGCCCGCGCGUCGCGCCGGCUGUCGUGUCACUCACAGCACAGACAGACGGCACGCAGCUGCUGAGCUUCGUGGCAGCAGGCGCCGCCGUGCUGGACGGCCACGCCGCCUACCUGCUGCCCGGCAAGUCAGCCUGCCCUAGUGGUACUGCCACCCCCGGCGCUGCCAUCGUGCUACCUGCGCUGAAGGUCGCUACUGGCAGUGACACGCCGCGCGCAUCCCUCGAGCUCCGAGCCGCCAUGGUGGGUACGCGCUACCUUGCCUGUGUUAACAUCAACGGCAGCUUCGUCGCUACCGGCACUGUCACCGUCGUGUUGCCCGCACCGCGCCUCGCAUUCGACCCCGCGCCGCUCGUCGCUGGCCUCCCUGCCACCAUCCGCCUCCUCGGCACCUACGCAAGCGCCGCACAGGUCGACACCUACGCUGUUGUCCGCGGCGACGUCGACUGUACCACCGACCUUGAUACCAAAGCGGUGCUCGCCCGCGGCUCCAUUGACCCUCACACCGGCGUCACCACGCCCUGCCUAGUACCGCAAGACGCGGUGCUGCUCACCCGGCUGCGCGUAUGCGUGGCACCGCGGCACAGCCUCGACGGCGCUGGCGCCAUCGGCUACGCUGCAGCCGGCGAGCUCGACGUCAUUGCCUUCGCACCUCUUAGCCCCUACGCACAGCUCCGGCGGCCCGCCAGCGACGUCACCGGCUGGCCCGUGCACACCGCAGCCGCGCAGUUCCUUGUGCGCUGCAGCACAGCCACGGACGACUGUCUCGCCACCCCAGCCGGCGCCAGCGCCGCGUGCGCGACAGCCGCCACGCGUUAUAGCGUCGGUGGCACCACACAAGGUGACCUGUUCGCGCCACGCGGCAGCUACUUGUUGUGCCAGAGCGCCACCCUUGACGGCGUCAUGGGCACCGUCGCAGCCAACGCUACCGUCGGCGUCGUGGAUGCCUUCGCCAUGACCACCGACGCCGACCUCACACGGAUACGCUCUUACGUGCCCUUCGGUGCCAACAUCAACGGCGGUCCCAUGGGCACCACCUUCUACUCAGUCGUCGUGCAGCCCGCGAGUGUACCCUGCAGCAUCGCAGUCAACGAAUCGCAGACCUUCACCUCAAGCGAGAGCUCCAUCAUCAUCAACAUCAGUGACAUCGAGCCGCAUAUCGACGUCCACUUCUGCGCCGGACCCACCACCACGAGCAGCCGCAUCGAGGCGAUGCGCGCCACGCUGCACCACUACAUGAGCCCUGCCUAUAUUUUCGCCGACACGCUCACCACCAUCGACCUGCCAGCGCAGAGCGCAGGAACCUCCGCGCUGCUCUCGUCCUCGCGCAGCUUGCCUCUCCCCGUGCAGGGCGGAAGCAGGAGGCCUUUGAGUGGCAACCGCGUCAGCUUCACUGUCGAUGGCUGCGGGGAGAACGAAAACAUCACAGAGCUCUUCUACCACGAAUUCAACGGCGCCUGGUCGGCACCACGUGGGCGCAUGCUGCUGAUAAGGACAAGCAGCUGCAGAGGCGGCGCCGGAGCGGUCAACAUCCGCACCGUCGACGCUGCGCCAGGCACUCCUAUCAGCGAUGCCGGCAUUGACACGCGGUUCCUGGCCGUCGCCGGCAUCGGUACCAGCAAUAGCAGCGCGUCGCUACCGGGCAUCGGCGUGUUGUCCACGGGCUACGCGCCGGCUAUGGGCGAGGACGCCGCCUUCCACGUGUGGGCACACCCUAUUGGCGACCCGCACGCACUCUUCACAACUGCCACGGCGACACUGCGGGUGCGCAACUGGGCCGUCACGCCGGCGUACGCGCUCAGCCGUUACAACGCCACUGUCGGCGCGGCGCCGCACACGUUAUUGCACAUUAACGACGCGACACCGCCCGGCUGCACCUUCUUUAGCCAGUCCCAGCGCUGUGACAAUAGCCUCGGCGACGCCGCGGAGAUGGGCACGUCAACGCAGGCCGCUGUCUACAGUGCCACGGGCGUGAGUGGGCCGGUGUACGUGUGCACCUGUCACCCGCAGACCGGCGCACCGCUGGCCGUGGCGAGCUUUACAUCGCUGCUGCUGCCACAGGUGCUGCAAGCAUCGCCCGCCAUCGUGCGGGGUGCCAACUAUAUCGCCACGCUGCAGGCGAAAGGCUACACGCUGCAGACAACCAGCACGUUCCUCUCCCACGACCACUGCGUCGGGUCUCUGCCGCUUCAACCCACUGGGGCGUCGACUGCCGCGGUCCUGUCGGUGUCUUUCGGCACGGCGAGCAUCGAACAGAAGGUGGAGAGAGUGAGCCUGUGCGUGCGCACCCCGGCCGGCACCGGUGCCGCAAUCGCUAACGUGCCGGUGGCGUCCGGUAGCAUGUGGCCCACGCAGUUCGCGGUCGGCGCCACCGGAGCCGCCAUCUUCAUGCCACUGUCACCGCGCACCACCUUCCAGCUGAGCGCCACCGCCACUGGCUGCACCGACGUCAGCGGCAUGCCUACCUUCUCCACCGAUGCUGAGGGCUACGGUACUCUGUCACUGCUGAGGGCCAACGGCGACGCCCUGCCCCUGGGCUGCUACGCUGUGUGUGCUGGCACGCCAACUCGUGCGGCAGCGGCGCUGGAGGUCAUUGAAGUGGUGCCGGCGGCGCACUUCGACGUGCGCGGCACCAUCUUCGUCCUUGGCGUGCCCAGCCGCAUGGAGCUGCAGCAGGAUCUGCGCACCGCCGACCUCAUCGCCGGCUUCAGCACAACCGCCGCCUGCAGCCCCAUCACCACUGACCACGGUACCUGGGCAGCGCUGUCCAGCACUGCCAUCGAGGUGCAGGCGACAGCGGUGAGCACCACAGGCGUGUUCCUGUGUGCGCAGGUGCCUGCGAACGGCACCGUUGUCGCGUUGCCGCACUCGUCGGCGUCGCCUGGCCCCAUCACCUUUCUGCAGCUGGCGAUGGCGCUGCCGACAGGCAGCUGGGACACUUGCACUGACUACUUGGUGAACCAAUGCUACCCGCCCGGAAGCGCCGGCAGCACGGCCGCUGACGUGCUAACCGUGGUGCACGGCGACUGCUGCGAUCGCACGGCGCAGGCACGGGCAGUGGGCAGCGCCAGCAUGGCCAGCGGCAUGUGUCGCCUGCGGCUAGAUGCGGCAAAAGUGGCAGCGUACGCCACCGACACGAGCUUUGGCGUGUGCGCCUGGAACCUCGACAAUAGCUCCGCCUGUGCGACGCUGCGUCGGGUGACGGUGACCACGAACUGCACGCCGAGCAAGGUAGGCCGUGGCGCCAGAAUGAGCAGCGGCGCGGUGGCUGGCAUCGUGAUGGCGUGCACAGCGAGCAGUGUCGCACUGCUGGUGUGCGCUAUGUGGCUCGCGUGGCGCUUGUGCGGUGCGAGGAAGAGAAACAACGACACGCAGAGCGAUGAGGAGAGCCCCUCCUUCGGUGAUGCAGCUGACACGGCGAGUGCUAGAGAGCAGCGGCAACGGCUCGGACCACUGUGGAACCCGCUUGAUAACGCGGCCAAGGAUGUCAUGCUCUCGGGGCGGGGUGGUGGCGAGGAAGUGGCGUCGGCGAAAUGGCUCACCCCUACAAUGCCGCUCUCGAGCUCGAGGGUGACCGCGGGGAGCGUGGAGGUACCGCAGGAUGGGACGCCAAACUGCAUGGACGACUUACCUGACGUCAUCACUAAGUACUACAGCUUUCUGGACGACUCGGACUUCGACUACGAGACAGUGUCGCAAAUCCCCGGCGAGGGCGAGCCUAGCACGAUGGACGAGGAGCUCGAGGCGAUGCUGGCCGUGCCACGUGCGAGUGCUCUGCCCGAAGAGCUCGAGGCGAAGCGGCGGGCAGAACUGCGCGUUGUGGCGGACCGAAACGCAACGUUGUUGGCGGUACGGGAGGAGAGGCACCGCAUGGAGGAGGAAGACCCCGUAAAGCUGAAGGUGAUUCUCCUACAGGAACGGGAGGAGUGGACGAGAGCGGCGCUCGAGAGUCGCUACCGUCGGGCCGACUACAACCUCACGGUGCUGUUCAAGUCUAGCCUGGAGUACAACAACGCGCUGUGGAGGAAGCGUUGGGGAGAGUUGUCCGAGUCGCCCUCCGAUGAAAGUGAGCUGCUGUCAGUGGGGUCGUGGGACGUGGCGCCGCUGGCACCGCUCGAUUAUGAGCGCGAUCGCUGCAUGGACGUGCGGCUUUCGCCAUCAAAGUCUCACGCGUCCGUCUAUUCCCCCACUGCGAGUUUUCAGUACAGCAUCAGCAAGGGCCCCGUCCUCCAGCAGCCGCAGCUUCUCACAACGGGCUUACCACCUGCGCGAAGUUGGUCGGCAGGAUCGCAGUCCUCAGCGGCGGAGACGCAGCCGUCCCCUUGUUCGUCCAAUGACCUCUACCACAGGCGGCGCUUUUUGGAGUUUCCGUUUGUCACCAACUCGCUCCAAACACUCAUCGGGGGCGACAAGAACCUUCCAGAGCCGGUGUUCCUGCGAGGCUUGACGUUGAUAGACCUCCAGGCCUUCCACCCGAAGCACCGCUGGCUUGUCGACCCGCCCCAGCCCUCCCACAGUGCCAACCUCCUCCCAGAAAGGAAGGGGAUGUGGGCGUUUAUGGCGCCCGGCUCCACCGUGCCUUUUGUGCGCCGCUACUUGACGCUGCUCGAGGAGGAGUUCCGCAGGCGGAGAAGGGCUUUGCAAGCGAACGCCACUUUCUGGAAGCGCGUCUUCUGGGAGAAGCGGAAUGUGCCCGUCUUCUCGACAUUUGAAGAGGUGCAGCCGGUGUACAACUUCGACGACGCCCGCUCCUUCUGCACAACCUCCCUUGAGUACCGCAACUUGAGUAGCUCCGAGAACAGCAGGACGCGCUUAUGGAAGGCGGAUGUGCGCGUGCGAUUCCCCUCUCGCUCCCUCUCUCCCCCUCCCCUCUUUUCUCUCCUUCAUCUUUUCUUCUUCUCCCUCUCUUUUUUUUGGCCCUGCUGCUCUGUGGCGUCCCCGCCAUCGUCAUCGUUGUCGUUUUACGCGGUUCUCGUCGUGCUCAGUACUACGCCCCAUCUCGUGUGUUUUAUUUUAUUUUUGCUGCCGUUCUUUCACUCGGUGCGCAAUGGACGUGCCCGUGUGUGUGUGUGUGUGUGUGUGUGCCCGUACGCAGCACAGCCGUGGCUCUUUCUCCAGUCAAUCUUCAUUGUCCUCCAUACUAGUGUUGCUGUGCCCUGA